AAAAGCAUCAGUAGUUUAACAGAACCCUCACCCCCUUUUCGCUUUUUGUGUAUGGUGUUGAUGCCAUCUCAUCAGUAAAUCAAUUCCCGCCAUUACGCGGCUUUCUACAGAUUAAUUGAUAAAUUUAGUGAUCAUCAUCAGUCAAUUUUAAUUCACGAUGGCGGAUAAUCAGUAUUCGAGCUACCAGCAGCAGAGCUAUGGCCAAUAUAGCCAGCCGCCUCCAAGCGGUGAUCAGGAUACCUCGUAUCCACCACCGUCCACCGGAGGUUCGUCCAAUUACAAUCAGUACAGCCAACCACCUCCAAGCAGUGGUGGUAACUACGGCAGCUAUAACAGCGGUGGUUACGGUGGCGCUGGGCAGGAUUACAAUUCAUCCAGCCAGGGCCAGGGAAAUUACUCAAGCGGCUACGGCGGAGCUGGUACUGGUAACAAUAGCAGUGGCAAUCCCAGUCCUGGUGGUAACAAUUACGGCAGCGGGUACGGAAGUAGCGGCGGAGGUGGAGGAGGAAGCUAUCGUGGUAAUUCAGGAGGAAGUGGAUACGGAGGCCAAGGAGGUGGUGGCGGUGGAAGAUACGGAAAUGACCGCGGUAGCUACGGCGAUCGGUCAAGCGGUGGAGGUGGCGGUGGUUACAACAGUGGCGGUGGCCGUGGUGGUUAUAACAAAGGAGGAUACGGUGAUUCCAAUGGCGGCAAUGACAGGAUGGUCGUUCAAGAGGACACAGUCUUUGUUUCUGGGAUGAAUACUGACAUUACUGAAGAUGAAAUUUGCCAACAUUUCGGUGCAAUCGGACUUAUCAAGAAUGAUAAACGUACAGGUAAACCAAAAAUAUGGAUGUACAAAGACAAAAGCACUGGCAAAUCCAAAGGAGAAGCAACGGUGACCUACGAUGACCAAGCAGCAGCGCACUCAGCAAUUGAGUGGUUCAACGGCAAGCAGUUCAAGGGUUCUACGAUUAAAGUCCAGAUAGCACAGCACAAGAGCAACUGGCAAGGAAAUCGUGGGGGCGGUGGUGGACGUCCCAGUGGAGGUGGAGGACGUGGUGGUGGCGGCGGCGGCCGAGGUGGAUUUGGCGGAGGACGCGAUCGUGACGAGCAUCGAGGCGGUGAAGACCGUGGAGGUCGUGAUGGUGGUGGUGGCGCAGGUGGACGAGGAGGUGACUGGAGAUGUCCUAAUCCAGACUGUGGUAACACCAACUUCGCUUGGCGUGAUGAGUGCAACCUCUGCAAAAGCUCAAAACCCGAAGGAGCAGGCGGUGGCGGCGGCGGCGGCGGACGCGGUGGUGGUCGUGGAGGAGAUCGUGGAGGUCGUGGUGGUGGCUUCAGAGGUGGGCGAGGAGGCGGUGGCGACAGAGGUGGUGACAGAGGCGGCCGAGGCGGAGGUGGAUUCCGUGGUGGUGACCGAAGUGGAGGUCGCGGACGUGGUGGUCCCAUGCGUGGUGGUGGAGGGCGCGGUGACCGGGACCGAGAUCGUCAAAGACCAUAUUAAUUAAAAAUUUAAUUACUAAUUUCAUUGGACUAAUAUACCAAUGACAAACAAUUAUAAUAAUCCUGAGUAUUUAUUAAACUCGCAAUUGUACAAUUGGUGUGUAACUUUUACUCGAUCCAUUUUUUUAUAAUUUUAAAUAUGAAAAUUUGAUUUUAUAUAUCUUAUGACAUAAUUAUUAUUACAAUAAUAUUCAUUUAAUCAUAGAGUUUCAUGUGCGAGAUGGAAUUUUCAUUUUAUAAUCAAGUGGAUGUAUUGUCUUUAUGUAAAAAAAAAAAAAAAAAGAAAAAAUAAAACAAAA